UGGUAGCCCUGCGCCUGCGCAUGUUAGCCUUCAGGGAAAAUGGCGGCACUCUUGCUGCAGGAUUUGGAUAGUUCUGAGCUGUCGAAGUUAUCAAAAGAGACACUUAACAAACUCGAAAAGGUUCUGUCCGACCAACUUUCUGAAAUUGACACUCUCAAGGCCCAGCAAGAACAAUUUAGGGUUGACAGUGAGCAACAUUUCUUUGACAAGGUGAAACAGCUAGCUCAGUCUCGGGAAGACUUCCUGAGACAGACACAAGAGAACAGCAAACUUAAAGAGGAGUUGGAGGAAAUCGCGGAUGAGUUCAAACGUGUUCGCGAGACGAACCAGCAAUAUGAAAGUGCUCAAGAGAAGUCUUUGUCAGAACAGACUGUGCUUUCAAAAGCCAAGGAAGAACUGGAAACACAAAAGCUUGAUCUUGUGCGGACACUUGAGAGGAGAAGCUUGGAACUGGAGCAUUUAAAUGAUGACUUAAGGCAACUGAACGAUAAGUUGGUGGAGGUUAGUGCCACUAAAAUGUCUCAGCAGCUGAGGUUAGAUGAACUUGAAGCAGCGGAAGUCGACCUCAAAUACAAGGAGAAGCGUAUGGAACAAGAAAAAGAGCUGCUGCAUGGACAAAACUCCUGGCUGAGUGCGGAGUUGAAGGCCAAAAGUGAAGAACUUUUGAGCCUGUCACGACAGAAAGGUAAUGAAAUCCUGGAACUGAAAUGCAGCCUGGAGAAUAAAAAAGAUGAGUUAAACAGAGUCCAAGAACAAGUGGCCAGUUUGAAAACAUUAAAUGAAAACCACCAAAAACAGAAUGAGGACCUCAUCCAUAAACUGAAAGAAAUUAAGGAGCAACAGACCACUACAGAGGAGAAGUUCAGAAAUGAGCUCAAUGCCAACAUUAAGCUCUCCAAUUUAUACAAGGGAGCAGCAGCUGAUUCUGAGGCCAAAAGUGAAGAGCUGAGUCGAGCUGUCGAGGAGCUGCAGAAACUGCUGCAAGAGGCAGGGGAAGUCAACAAAGCUCUUGAGGACAAUUUGCAAGUAGCUAGUGCUGCUUCGGACAAAACUGUUGGUGAGCUAAAGCAGAGGAUCGAAGGACUGGAAAAGGAACUGGACAAUGCCAAUGAGCUACUGUCCAACUUUAAACUAAGAGGUACAGUUGGCACAACAUCUGUGCUCAAUGAGACUCAAAUGAUGACAGUUUCUCCUACAGCAACUGCAGUGGCAAAGAUUAAGCCAGAAAUGAAACUGACCGAGUUGUAUACUGCCUAUUUAGAAGGCCAGGAGCAGCUGCAGUUUGAGCGAUUGGAGAACAAGCGUGUCAACAAAUAUCUCGAUGACAUAGUACAAGAAGUGGAGGCAAAGGGUCCCAUUCUUAAACGGCAGAGGGAUGAGCAUGAGCGCAUGCAGAAAUCCGUGGCGAGUCUUUCAACCAAGCUGGAGCACGCUGUAAAGGAGGUGCAUCGUCUGCAGAAUGAGGCUGAUGAAGCCAAUAAGCGUUCCUCUAUUUUAGAAAGAGACAAUAAAAGAUUUGAACUGCAGCUUGCAGACAUGGCUCAGCAGGUGCGUGUGCUCCUUAUUGAGCUUGAAGAAUCCCGGGGAAAUCAUGUGUUUCUUGAUGAGGACUCGAGUUUGGGGGAUGUUACCAGUACCUCAGAAGUGAUCACCCAACACUUGGUGACCUUCCGGAGUGUGGAAGAGCUACAGAAGCAAAAUCAGCGUCUUCUGGUGGCCCUCAGGGAUCUCAGUGAUGCCCAAGAGAAAGAAGAGUUAGAAUCCUCUGGGUACAACCGCGUGGAAGUCGAGCAGACUUUGGAGACCACUCUGGCUGAGGUGGAGUCUCUGAGGGAGCAACGCAACAAGCACAUAAAGAUGUCAGAGUCUAUCAUGAGGCAAAGGGACAUGUACCGUUUGCUGUUGGCCCAGGCAACAGGAGUGAGCUUCUCCCAGCAAGGUACAUCAGCUGAGGAGCUCCCAGUCACGUCCACGCCUGGUCGAUCACCUGCAGCCACUCCCACCGCCGGAACACCCACCACACUUGUCUCCAUGGCAACUGACACUGCUGAAGCAUUGGAGGCCAAGGCAGCCUUGCGACAGUUGCAGGAAGUGUUUUCCUCCUAUAAGAAAGAACGAGUGGAGAGUGACAAAGCACUGGCUGAGCAGAAUGACAAACUCCUGGAGCAGCUUUCAGACCUUCGCUCAGAGAACGCCAAGACAGCAACACAGUUGGAAUUUGCCUCCAAGAGGUAUGAGAUGUUGCAGGACAAUGUUGAAGGCUUCAGGAAGGAAAUUGCUUCCCUCCGGGAGAGAGAGCAGAAGAUGGCCUCUGCCACACAGAAGCAUGAGCAGACCAUCAACACAUUAAAUGAGGAUCUACGAGCUGCACUGGAAAAACUUUCAAUGGCAGAGGGUCUUGCUGAGGGUCUGCGUAAAGAGAGAGACAUGUUGAAACUGGUUGAGUCCAGGUUGACUCAAGAGAAGGAUAUGAUCUCAAGCCAGCAACAGAGUCAGAACCUUUUGAUGACCAAUCUUCAGGCUAUUCAGGCAACACUUGAGCGUUCAGAUGCUGACACACGUCAGCGUUUUAACACCCAGUUAGAGAAGCAAGAGCGAGAGAUCUCUCAACUGCAGAAGAGGCUGGAGCAUGAGGUGGAACAGCGGCAUUUGCUGAGCAGAAACCAAGAAAUCCAAGUAUUUGAAUCAAAGCGACAACUUGAGAUGCAAGUGGCUUUACAUGAGAAGACGAAAGACCUGUUGAAUGCUGCUGAGAUGGAACUGGACUCCCUCAGGUUGCUGCAAGGUAGCAGUGAACAACGUCAAAUCCUGUGCUCCCCCUCGACGCCUAAAACUAGAGGCUUGCAAGUUUCACACCAAGAACGUGAGGAUCUUCAGGGUCGCUUGCUGCAGGCUGAAACACAGACAGAGCAGCUGGCAGAGAGCCUCAAAGAAGCCACUAACAGCAUGGAGCAGUACCGAGCCAUGGCUCAGCGUCUGGAGGAGUCCCUGGAAAAAGAGAAACAGAUAACGGAGCAGGCCCGUGCUUCUAUUGAAAGUCACGUGAAGGAGGCUGAGCAGCAGCAACGCAGGCUUGAGGAGAAACUUCUUGAUGCUGAGAAAGAGAAACGUAAUAUGGAAGAAGAAAAUAUGAAGGCUAUCAACUCCCUGAAUGAGCAGAUGGAUGAUCUCCAAAGGAAUCUGAAAAGUGCCCAGGAAGAACACCAGAUGGCACUGCAGCGUCUAUCAGCUGCUGAAGCCCAGCAGUUGCAGGCUUUACAAGACAGCCAAGAACAGGCUAAACUGGCAGCUGAAGCACAAGACAAAUAUGAGCAGGAGAUGAUGCUGCAUGCAGCAGAUGUGAAGGCAAUGCAGGAUGCUAAGGCUCAGGCCCAGCAAGCAGCUGAGCUCAGACAGCAACUAGAGGAGAGAGCCCAAAGGGCCAGUGCUGAGUUGAUGGAGGCCAGAAUAUCCUGGGGGGAGCAGGAAAAGAUCCUCAAGGAGGAGAUGUCCAAAAUAGAAAGCCGCUAUGAAGAGAUGCAAAAACAGAACGUUCUCUUGCAUGAACAGAUUCAGGCAAUGAGUAGCAAAAUGGCUGAUAAUUUGCAGCGUGCUGCAAGUGAGAGUCCACUAAACUUCUCUUUUAUGCAAGAAGGCAAAUCUCAAGAACAAGUCCUCGAGAUUCUAAGGUUUGUGCGUCGUGAAAAGGAGAUUGCAGAGUCUCGUUUUGAGUUUGCUCAAGGGGAGAGUUUGCGUUAUCGUCUCAGGGUUGAACACCUGGAACAAGAGCUAAAGCAAGUUCAGGGCAGCUUAAGUGCUGCACAGGAGAAAAUGCACGUGACCGCAAAGACCUUAGCCCAGCAUGAUGACCUGAUGAAGAAGACAGAAACAAUGAGCAUCUUGAUGGAAACAAACAAGAUGCUGCGAGAGGAGAAGGAAACAUUGGAGAAAGAACUGCAACAAACCCAAGCUAAGGUGCAAAAGUUGGAGUCAGAUGUUUUGCCACUGAAACAGGCAAACACUGAGCUGACUGAGAAGAGUGGCAUGCUACAAAUGGAGAAGAAAAUACUCGACGAUGAGAUCAAGCGCUGGAAGGCUCGAACACAACAUUUGGUGAGUCAACAGAAAGAUUCCGAUCCAGAAGAGUACAAGCGUCUUCAUUCAGAGAAGGAAUUACAUCUGAAACGUAUCCAGCAGCUCAUUGAUGAGAACAACAAGAUCAAAGCAGAGGUUACCAAAACCAGCAAUCUCUCAGCAUCCCAGCAAAGCCAAAUACAAACCUUGCUGGAUAAUUUAAGUAAGACAAACGAGGAGCGAAAUUCGCUCAAAGAAGAAAUCGUUGCAAAGAGUCUGGAAAUCCAGGAGAAGGUAAAGACAAUUACCCAGGUCAAAAAGCUUGGACGUCGCUACAAGACUCAGUACGAUGAUCUCAAAGUAGAAUACGACAAGGUAAUAGCUGAGGCCGCAGGGCCAUCCAAAGAAGAAGAAGCUCGUCAAGCCUCAGUUCAGGAACUGCAGGGACUUAGAGACUCUCUCAGUCAGGCUGAAAUAAGGGUUAAAGACCUGGAGGGACAACUGGAGAGCAUCAACAAGGUGGUGACAGAGCGUGAAAUUGAAGUUCACAAUGCUCAGGAACAGUCAUCCAGGCUGCAGACUGAGCUAGGCAGGGUGAGACAGGAGCUGCAGGAGAAGGAAGAUGCACUGAAACGGCAGAUGGCAGACAAGGUGGAGAAGACCAGGAAGGCAAUUGUUUUUGCUAAGCAAAGGAUCAGCCAGCUCACAAGCGCCAAAGACGAGCUGCAGAAGGAAAAUGAGGAGUUUAAGCAGCGAUGUGAGGAGCUAAAGCAACAAAGUGAGGAGUUUGAAGUCCGUGUAACCGCGAUAAAGUCUCAGUACGAGGGCCGGUUUAAUCGACAGGAAAGAGAACUAAGAGAACUGCGAGGUCAGCAAGAAAGACAAGAGCAAAGAGAUGAGCCUGUUGAGGCGGGUCCAAGCAAACCUCAAGAGCAGCAAAGAAGUACGGAACAGAGACAGAUCAGUCUUAAGUCCACCCCAGCUACAGACAGGGGCAGUGCCAGCACAUCUGAGCCGCCAACUGCCAACAUAAAGCCAACACCUGUAGUAGCCACAGCGAGCAAGCAAGCCGUCAACCCCGGGAACAAGCCCACUCCAAGGGCAAGCAUCAGGCCCAUGAUCACCCCAGCCACUGUGCCCACUCCUACACCCACUGCUACCGUAAUGCCCACAACACAGGUUGAGACACAGGAAGUGAUGCAGACGACAGAGGGUCCACCAGUGGAGCAUGUGACUGUAUAUGGGAGUGCUAGUGGUUCUGUACGCUCAGCAAGCCCCAACAUCCAGACCACCUUAGCCAGCCCCAUGUUGACCGUGCAGCAAACCCAAACACAAGCCACAGCUUUUGUCCAGCCUACGCAACAGCAGAGCGUCACCCAUGCGGAGCCAGUCAAUCAGGAGCUGCCACCUGUGGUAAUUGAGGCAACACAAAGCUCGCAGGUGGAAUGGCCUUCAACAUCCUCCACCUCUGCUGUAUUUGGGACCGUUUCAGCCACACCAGGAUCAUCUUCCUCAAUGUCCAAAAGACCCCGUGAAGAAGAUGAAAGUAGCAGCACUGUUGUCACAGACACCGAGGCUCCUCAAGAGGACACCUCCAGGGCUCCCAUUCCAAAAAAACUGCGCAUUAUUCAAAGAGUUGGUCCUGAGGAAGAAAUGAUGGCUGAUGACAACGCAGAAGCUGAGGGUGUGGUACCAACAGACAGUCAAGAGGGUAUCGAAGCCAGUCAGACGGAAGAGCUUGCGGCGCUGGAUGAUGAUGAUGAGAGUGCAGCAUCUCAAUCUACCACCAUGCACCAAGAAGUUACUCUCACACAGAGUGAAACUCCUGAGCAGCAGCUAGAAGUAAUAGUCAUUGUAACCGAUACGGAGAGUGAGGAAAACCAAGAAGAAGGGGAUGAAGAGGAGGAUGAACAGGACUAUGAUGAGGGCGAUGAGGAGGAGGUGGAGGAAGAAGAGGAGGAAGAUGACGGAGAGGAGAGUAACGAGGGCAGCGGAGAAGGCAAUGAGGCCUACGAUGGAGAUGACACAGAGGGAGCUGACGUAACCGAUCCAGGGACAGAGACGGAGGAGAGUUUGGGGGCGUCCGACUCCACCCAGAGACCAGCAGAUUCCCAGACGGCCAGCUUUGAGACCACGACAAUGGAGGCCUUCUCUACUGAACAACCCAUAACAAGCUCUGGCAUUCGUAUGCCCCAAUCACCAAGGAGACCAACACAUCCACUACCCCCCACUCAGAUGUCGCAACGGAUUCCUGCUCGUCGCCAGUCAGUCGGCAGAGUCCCUCAGCUCUCUGGGGUCCCCAGCAGUGCUCAGCACCACAUUGACGACGAGGACCGGAUGGUACCUAGCGCUCCCACGCUGGUGGUUCCACACUGCUCUGAUGGUUUUGACCAGGCUGUCCACAGUUCGCCCCAAAUGGCUUCAAGUCGGACCUUCCGUUUUGGCCAAUCUGAUGAUGUGCCACAGACCAGCUCAGAUCUCGGCCAGCUUGCAGCUCAAGGAGGUCUUGGGAUGUUUGACAGCCCCUUGUUCCUAGCAUCUCAUGAAGAGGAGUCUGGUGGACGCAGUGUUCCUACCACACCACUACAGUUAGCAGCCCCAGUCUUCUCUGAGGUAGUUCCAUCAGACACUGUUGAGCAGGCCUCUCAGUCGGUUCCUAUGGUGAGCACGUCCACUCCUGGGCUCCUCACGGCAGGCACAGCCAGUACAAGCGAGGAGAGAGAUGACGUCUUUCUGGAGUCAGACCCUGAUAAUUCCAGGCCAAGUGCUGAGAGUUCGGUGGAUGCUGUGAUAUCUCAAGAUGAUUUGGUGGAGCCCAGUCAGCCCUCCGACACGGCCAGCUUGCCGUCCACCAGCCAGGAGCCUUCCUCCAGCUCUGCGGAUACCAGCAGUGCUCCAAGCAGGGCUGCACCCAGCAGGCAGCUGCAGCGUUGGCCAGGAAGCCACGGUGGGCGCGUGAAGAGAGGAGGACAAGCGUUUCCUUCCCGAGGAGUUCAUGGCAGACGCAUCGCAAGAUGAAGCUUCCACAGGGAAAUCUUGACAGAGCCUCCUCCAUUCAGUCUUGAUCUUGUUCGCCUGUUCUAAAGCCCUUUGCUUUUAUAUUGCUUAGAAAUUAAUGGAGUUUUGAUCACAGUCUGUGAUGUGCUUUCUCUAAAAUGUUAUUAAAAGUUUUAAGUCUGUACAAUA